AUGCAUGAUGAAGACUGCAGAUUUGGUCUGCGUGUCAAGAACAAGAGAGGUGACAAGUGGAACGCUUAUGGAGAUGGAUAUCUUAUUAAGACUGGAGAUAAAGAUAAUUUCCAACUAGUUGUCGAGGCAGUCAAUACAUCUGCUUAUCAAGUGAUCCAAGCAUACCAAAAUCCUGAUCGUUAAAUAGACACAGAUGACGUGCUGAAUCUGAUACCUUUUGUCGACCCUGAUGCAGUAAAUAAUACUCCUUUGUUUCAGAUGAAAGAUGGUGAAUUACAAGUUCGUGUUAAUCUUAACGAUCUGCAGAGCAAAGAGAUCUCGCCAAACUGGACUGGAAUUGGAAGACUAGGAAAACUUUUGGUCUACCAACCUAAAAACUCUGCCUUACCACCUGCAUAA